CGUUUGUCAUGUGCUAAUGGUGAAUCUCAUCUAAACUAAAUUCCGCAGUUUAAUUUAGUGAUUCGUAUUAACCUGUUUGAUGGAAUUUACCUUCUGCAUUUGGUAAUCGAUUUAAUGACUGCUGCAAGUAGCUGACAAAUUUGUAAAAUGAUAAGUUUAGACAUAAUUAAACAGUCAACCUUCAUCCAUGUCUGUUUCGCCAUAUCCUACUUUACAUCAGGGUUGGCACUCAGCUUGGUGCAGGCAACCCUAUGGGUUACCCUCAGGCCAUUCAACAAGAGGCUUUACAGAAAGAUAAACUAUUAUCUGGCAUACUCAUUAAACAGCCAGUUGGUGUUCAUGUCACAAUGGUGGGCAAGAACAAAAAUGUCUGUAUAUAUAAAGAAAGAUGAAUAUGACAAGUAUUAUGGUAAAGAACAUGGUUAUCUUUUUAUGAACCAUAGCUUUGAAAUAGACUGGCUGAUGGGUUGGCAUUUCUGUGAUGUUAUCCAAGUUUUAGGGAAUUGCAAAGCAUACGCAAAGAAGUCCAUUCAAUACAUGCCACCAAUCGGAUGGAUGUGGAAGUUCUCAGAAUUUGUAUUUUUGGAGAGGUCCUUUGAUAAAGAUAAGGAGACGAUUAAGAAGCAGAUUAAAGAAAUAUGUGACUAUCCAGAUCCUGUAUGGCUAUUGAUGACCCCAGAAGGAACUCGCUUCACAAAGAAAAAGCACGAAGCCUCCCUAAAGUUCGCAAAGGAGAAAAACCUCCCGCUCCUCAAACACCACCUCACGCCUCGCACGAGAGGAUUCACCACCAGCCUGCCGCACUUCAGGGGGAAGAUUCCAGCUAUUUACAACAUCCAGCUGGCAUUUGAGAAAGACGCGAAGAACCCGCCGACCAUAACGAGCCUGCUGUACGGCAAGCAAGUGCACGCACACUUGUACAUCGAACGCAUCCCCGUGGAAAACGUUCCCGAAGAUGAAGCCGCGGCUUCGCAGUGGGUGCACGAUUUAUUCGUCAUCAAGGACAAAAUGGCGGAAUCCUUCCAAAACACCGGCGACUUUUUCCUAGAGUCGGGGGUGGAACGGAUCGAGCCGUUCCAGUACCCUAUAAGGAUCUACUCGCUUAUCAACACGCUAGGCUGGGCCGUGAUCACGCUCACACCCAUGUUAUACUACCUCAUGGGGCUCCUACUUAGCGGGAGACUGCUGUACUUCUCCAUUGGUGUUGCUAUAUUCUUUGGAUUUUACGUCAUCCUGCAGAAGUCAAUAGGCAUGUCAAAAAUUAGCGAAGGUUCAUCUUAUGGGACUGAAAAGAAAUAAAAGUUACAUUAUAUUGUUACAGUAUUCACAAGGAAUAUUAUAGUUUAUACUAUAAAAAUCAAAUAACGAAAAUUCUUUAUAUAAAUAAUGUUUUAUACAGUUAACAAUCGGCCUUUUCUAGGUGUGUUUAACUUGGUAUUGUGGCUGUAAAUGUUGCGAUACAAAACACGACGGUAUUCUAUUCGUAGUUGUAUUAUAUUUUGGUGAUGUCGUAAGGGACGAAACUAUUUAUAUUUGAUUAUUUUGAGUGAUGAAGCAUUUAAUUUAAUGCUUGCGAAAACGGGAAAUUAAAAGAAUGUUACAUUUCUAUUAACUCAAUAUUAAUGAUUCAGUUUUAUAAAGUUUAUUAAAGGUUCCCACUACGAAUUGUAAUAAGACUUACUGUAACCCGUGCGGGGGAGGGAAAUGGACAGUGGAUGUGUUAAAAAUCCUGAGAACUACAAUAAAUUCUAGUAGCUGAAGAUUGUCCAAAUUGGGUUGUGGUUAAUGAAAGUAGACCAAAAUGAAAAACCCUGUGUAAAAUUUGGACUAUUUGAAUGAAUGUGUUAUCACUUCUGAGCAGGAUACAUCCUAAAAUGUUCUAAUCACGUAUGCUAUUAAAGUGCGUUCUUUUAAUUUUCCCAUCUAGGUACCUACUGUUUUUUAUAGUCUAUUGGUGAUCCGAAACAAUGGAUGCAAUUAACUAUUUUAAUACAUUUAUCUAUCUGUUGAAAGCAUUCCUUACAUUGUAUGUUUGUGAAAUAUCACUUUUUUUACUUGUUGCACAAUGAUAUAGCACAAAUGCCCAAAGCGGGCCAAUUUUAGUCCGAAAACAUCACCCAUCCUAGCUAAGCUGAAUCUUAAAGACUGAUACAUAUGUCUACACAGGACAGUUUUUUGUAAAAUACCUAUAUAAUUGCAUCCACGUAGUUUCGCGAUGGGGAGAAUAUUUGUGUAGUAUUUUUAUAGAUUAAUAGUUCCCUUUAAUUUUUUAGAAUAAGACUUGUGGUGUUUGAAAUUGUCCGACUGGAAUCGACAUUUUAACUCUUUAAUUUUGUUAUUCAACAAUUUUAGGAAUAUAUUUGGUCAAAAGCCAACAGUAUUUUAGAAAGUUGACCAAACCAAUUUUAAUGGUUGGAUUUGGAGUUAUACCUAGUGGUAACUAUGCCAAUGUUUGUUUUCUGAAGAUGGUUUACAAAUCAGUGCGCAAAUAUUUUCUAAUCUCUACCUAACGUUAUUAAGUAAGAUAGUUUUGGCAUAAAUAAAGCGAAAAAUUUUGAAAUAAAAAUUUAGGUACUUACCUACCUAUACCUAUUUUUGUAAUCAUUACCGUAAAAAGCACAAGAUUUGUGAUAGAUUAUUUGUAUCAUUAUUGUGUUUAUUUAUUGUUUUUAUUAUAUGGUUACAAUCUUG